AUGGCGCAACUUCACCGCAGCAGGAUGGCUGGAGUCUUUGAUAUUGACUUGGAGACUGAAGAUAUCAGUGAGACAGAGGAUGACGUUUGUGACUUCACAGUGCCAGAACCAGAAAAUGUCCAGACGGAGGAGGUGGAGUUGACCAGUGAAAUUGUGAACAGAGACAGUGAGAGAGUCGGGCCUGACUGCUUUGAGCUGCUGCGGGUGCUGGGAAAAGGGGCAUAUGGCAAGGUUUUUCAAGUGCGCAAAGUGCAAGGCGGUCAAACAGGGAAAAUAUUUGCCAUGAAGGUCCUGAAAAAGGCAAAGAUCGUAUGCAACGCCAAAGACACGGCCCACACUCGAGCCGAGCGUGAGAUUCUAGAGACCGUGAGGCAUCCGUUUAUUGUGGACUUACUGUACGCUUUUCAGACCGGAGGAAAGCUCUACCUCAUCCUGGAGUGUUUGAGCGGUGGUGAACUGUUCAUGCAGCUGGAGAAAGAGGGCAUCUUCAUGGAGGACACGGCGAGUUUUUAUCUUGGAGAAAUCACGCUGGCGCUGGGUCACCUUCACUCCAACGGGAUAAUCUACCGAGAUCUCAAACCUGAAAACAUCAUGCUCAAUCACCAAGGGCACAUAAAGCUGACAGACUUCGGCCUGUGUAAAGAGUCCAUCCACGACGGCAGCGUCACACACACCUUCUGUGGGACCAUCGAGUACAUGGCUCCGGAGAUCCUGACGAGGCUGGGACACAACAGAGCUGUGGACUGGUGGAGUCUGGGCGCUCUGAUGUACGACAUGAUGACCGGAUCGCCUCCUUUCACAGGUGAAAACAGGAAGAAAACCAUCGAUAGGAUCCUGAAGUGUAAGAUCAACCUGCCGCCUUAUCUGACCAUCGACGCCCGGGACCUCAUCAAAAAGCUUUUGAAGAAGAGUUCAGCCCAAAGGCUUGGCUCCAGUAAAGCAGACUGCGCAGAUAUUCAGAAACACCCUUUCUUCAAGCACAUCAACUGGGACGACCUGCUCAACAAGAGAGUGGAGCCGCCCUACAAGCCUCAACUGCACUCUGAGGAGGACGUGAGUCAGUUUGACACCAGGUUCACUCGCCAGACUCCGGUGGACAGUCCAGAUGACACCACUCUGAGCCACAGCGCUGAGCUCGCCUUCGCCGGCUUCACGUACGUGGCUCCGUCGGUGCUGGAGAGUCUGAAGGAAGGAUUCUCCUUUGAGCCAAAACCUCGAACAGUGCGCCGAUGCAACAGCAGCCCGCGAACGCCGAUCAGUCCCCAGUUCUCAUCCGCCGUGGGUCCGUUCAAGUCCAACAUGUACGCAGAUCCGGAGCCGUUCUCACCCGUGUCUCCUCCCUCUGCUCCCAGCCCGACCCUGGAGAACGGCCGUGUCAGUCAGCCAAUCAAAGCUCCUCCUCGCAACAAGAAGCAGAAAGGCCACUGCAGAUGA